AUGAAAAAAGAAGAAUUCGUUGGAACAAAGAAGUUAGAAACAAUGAUUACGAACCGCAAAUCAGACGUAGAAAAUAGUAAGCCAAAAUGUAUACCUUUCCGUGGCCAUAGAGAUGACGGGCCAUUGUUAGAAGAAAGCAAUGUGACAAAUAAUGAGGGAAACUUCCGAGAGCUUCUUCGAUUCAGAAUCGAAGCAGGAGACAAAACUUUAGAAGAGCAUUUAAGAAACACGUCGUCACGUGCCACAUAUAUUAGCAAAAGAACGCAAAAUGAGUUGAUUGAAUGUUGUAAAGACGAAAUUUUGUCUGUUAUCGUGAAAAAAAUUAGUGAUGCUAAAUAUUACAGCAUUAUGUUUGACGAAACUACUGACAUAGCACAUGUUUCCCAAAUGUCGAUUGUUAUUAGAUACUUAGAAGGUAACAACGUGCGGGAGGAUUUUGUGUCAUUCAUAGAUUGUCAUUCUGAGAACUAUGAGCUCAGUCCCGAUACGUUGGAACCGGUUUUGAAUGGUACUAUUUUAGGAAAAUCAGUGAUAAAACAAGUUCAAAAAUUUCGUUUACCAUUGGAAAAUUGUGUAGGAAUUUGUACAGACGGAUGCAGCGUAAUGACAUCAAAACAACAAGGAGCCGUCCAAGAAAUUCAAAAAGAAAUGAAUAUAGCUGUACGAUGUCCAUGUUUCAAUCAUGCUUUAAAUUUGAGUUUGUCGAAAUCAUCAAACGUUCAAUGUGUGAGAAAUGCUGUAGGGGUAAUGAAGGAAAUAAUAUCUUUUUUCAAAGCCUCUUCUAAACGCAAUUAUGUCCUCAAACAAACAUUGGGUGAUCAGCUCUCUGGAUUGUGUGAAACGCGAUGGGUAGAACGGCACGACUCCGUUCUGCAGUUUAAAGCAUCGAUUGAAAAAAUUUUGCAAGCUUUGAAUUUGAUUUCCGAAUGGAACGAAAGAGAAUCUUCCAGUAAAGCUAGGACGCAUAUACUUGCGAUCUCAUCAAAUUGCAGCUUUAUUAUCACUUUGUUUUGUCUAAAUGAAGUACUCGCAAUAACGUUACCUCUGAGCAAAUUAUUGCAAACAAAAAAUUUGGCUAUAAGCUCUACACAGAAUGCUGUUCUAAAUACGCUGCUUGUUUUGAAAGACAAACGCAACAAUGCAGAAACAAAUUUCAAUGCUUUGCUUAAAGAAAUAAUGCCAUGUCUAGAAAAUUUGAAUAUAGAUUUAUGUAUUCCAAGAGUGAAUAAAUUCAUGAAAAAUCGACCUAAUCCAGAUAUUCAUUCCUCCACAGAAUACUUUCGAAUAACGAUAUAUAUUCCUUUACUUGAAAGUAUCAUUUCCGACAUUGAGUGUCGUUUCCAGCAAGAAACCAUGGAUGUAUUUAAUCUGCAAAUAUGUGUUCCUGCUAUAUUAAUUCAUUCAAAUGAAGAUGACAUCCAUUCCGCCGUAGAAAUUUUGAUUGCAAAAUAUGGAAGUUUGUUUGAGACAGUUAGAGACGUGCUGAAGUCAACUUUUAUUGCAGAGCUACAUUUAUGGAAAAUGAAAUGGAAACACAGCAAAGAAUCGGAAAUUCCGAGCGAUGAUCUAAAUGCUCUCAUACAAUGUGAUGAAAUGAUGUAUCCAAUCAUUAAUAAAAUUUUAAAAAUAUUGUGUACUCUUCCAGUAAGUGUUGCAUCUGCAGAGAGGAGUUUUUCAGGACUGAGAAGACUUAAGAGUUGGCUGAGGGCCAAUAUGGGUGAAGAACGGUUAACUGGCCUUGCACUAAUGCAUGUUCACAAGGACAUUGUUAUUAACGAAGACAAUAUAACAGAAUGUUUCGCUAAAAGUGGAGUGAGCCGAAACAUAGAGUUCGUCAUGUAG